AGCCCCCCCUUCCCUCCCCCUCCUCCAGCCGUCGUGACGUCCACAUCUUUUUCCUCCUCAAUGUCAUCGCCUUCCUCACCGGCGUCUAUCUCCUCUUCCUCAAUCCGGCCGCCCCCAACGCUGCCACCUCACGGCUCCUCCUGGCCGGCGCUCUCAUCCUCCUCGCCCUCCCCCUGGCCAUUCCAGGCAUCGUCGUAGCCCGAGACUGGGCUCUCCACAACAUCUACUCCAGCCAGCUGGAGGACGCUGAAGACCAAUACGACAUACAAAAGGAACUGAUCAUUCCCGGAGAUGGGGGGCUGGAAAACCGAGUCUUGGAGAUCAUCCCGGACGACAACGACUAUGGAUCUCUCUGCUGCUGCAGUAGUUGGUACAAUGAGUUGAUGGCGAAGGACCGGCUUGUUUUGCUCGGGGAAGAGCAUGGUGCCAAGAGUCUCAUCCACCGCCUCGAUUUCUGGAUCUAUUACAUGUCCUACUUCUGCGGUGGCACCCUCGGUCUCGUCUACAGCAACAACCUCGGACAAAUUGCGCAGUCACUGGGACGGACCUCCAUGCUCGUCAACCUCUACUCCUCCUGCUCCUUCUUCGGCCGCCUCCUCUCCGCCGCCCCGGACUUCCUGGGCCGGCGGUUCAAUUUUGCGAGAACUGGUUGGCUCGCUGCAGCGCUGGUGCCGAUGCCGCUGGCUUUCUUCCUGCUGGCGGCAUAUGCGGAGCCGGGCGACGGGCACGCUCUGCUUGUGGGAACGGCUCUGGUGGGGCUGAGCUCGGGGUUCAUUUUUGCGGGUGCGGUGUCAGCGACUUCGGAGUUGUUCGGGCCGGAGAGCUUCGGCGUGAACCACAACAUCGUCAUCACCAACAUUCCGCUGGGUUCGCAGCUCUAUGGCCUGCUCGCCGCCCUCGUCUACGACGCUAACGGAAGAGUAGUGGGCAGCUGGCACAUGACACAGGCCGUGGCGGCGAUGUUAGUUUGUAUGGGCCGACGCUGCUACUCCAAGACCUUUCUUGCCUGGGGCGCCAUUUCGACUUUCGGCCUAGCCUUUGCUAUCCUGCUCUACUUGAGGACGAGGGCGGCUUACAAUCGCGCUGCCCGCUGCGUCGGCCGGCGGCCGGUGCCUUGCAAUCGCGAAGAUCUCCGAUAGGUGUAUCUGUCCUGCUGGGGUUUAGCGGAUGACCACAGAUGCAGGUUUGUUUUUCAGUAGACACAUUAAUGUUAAUAUUCUGACUUCUGAUCAUACCCCCACAAUUGUAAAUAUAUUUCCCCAAAUUGAAAUACAAUCUAAAUUUCAUGGAAGUUUUUGUUAUACAUUUCGAUAAAGUGCAUGCCUUUA